ACUUGACCCAGAUUCCAACCGUGUUUCAGGCCUGUUUCGAUUGGGAGGGGCACAAGAGGUAUAUAUAAAUCCAGAUGGCUCGAAUAGAUCACAAUUUCGAGAGCACUUCGAUCCCUUUUCACACCUUGGUUUUCUUACUAAGGCGCAAUGUUUAAAGCGAUCCUCGCCUGCGCACUGUUCGCUGUGGCUUUAGCCCAGUAUCAGCAAGGUAGACCUUAUCAAUCUCAAAAUGAGUUGACCACCCCUUACCCAAGAAAUUACCAUCCCCCUGCCCCAGUCCAUUACGUCAACAUCGGUUCUGACCUCGCAGGCGACUACAAAUUCGGUUAUGACACCGGCAAAGGACCUUUGGGACAAAGCUUUCGAGAAGAGACCCGACUCCCUGACGGCACAGUAAAAGGCGCUUAUGGUAUCCUCGAUGAAUCUGGCAAACAAAGAAUCAUCCGAUACACUGCAGGAAAGUCAGGUUUCGUCGCCGAAGGUGAUGGUCUUGGACCAGCAGGUGUCGCUCCUGGACCAGCUCCUCAACCUGCUGCUGCCCCUGCUUACCAGGCACCAGCUCAACAAUACAACCCCCCUGCUCAACAAUACAGUCCCCCUGCUCAGCAAUACAAUCCUCCCCCUCAGCAAUACAGCCCACCAGCUCAACAAUACAGACCAGCUCCUCAAGCUGCCUCCAGAUACAAUGAUGGUCAAUGGGAUCCCAGGAAGGAUGACCCUUACUACCAGGAUGGCCCAGCUUUUAUUGAUGUUGAAAGAUUGUCCUACAACAUUGGUACAGCUCGACACUAAACGAUCCUGAUGAACUCUUUUUUUUUUUAAUUAAAUAAUAGGCUCUGUUUUUUGUGUAUCGUAUGAAAUUCAGCCUUUAAAAUUUUGAAUUGUCAGUCCCAUGUCAGAAUUGAAAAUGUUUGCAUAGAUUUUAGAAAAUUGGAGCGGGGCUUUCUAUUCGCUUCUUCUUUCAUGUCUUGUUGCGAAUUCCUUCUAAUUUAAAAACCUUUCACUUCAAGCCUCGCUGGGAGUGAGUUCUCUUUGUAGGGGAUUUGAAACAGCUCUUGAAAAUUCUAGUGGCAACGGUAUGAAAAGCAGUUAUAACUAUGCUUUAUUUUUUUUGUGAAAAGUCUUUUAAGUUCAUUUCUCCCUCUCUUACUAUUACUUUGAAGAAAGCUAUUAAUUAUUGCAUGAGAAUAUGGCUUAUUUUUU